AUGAUGACAAAUGACCGCUUCUGUGAACUGGAAAAUGUAGUCUUGCAACGAAUAAAAUGGCAUGUGAUCGGCCUAAGUGAAACAAGACGCAGAGGAGAAGAUCUACAAAAGUUGACCUCGGGGCACCUCCUGUAUUUUAAGGGUAAUGAGGAUAGCUCAACUGGUGGAGUUGGCAUGUUGAUACACAAAUCUCUAGCAGACAAUCUCAAAAAGGUCAAAGCUAUAUCAAGCAGGGUUAUUUAUGCCACUUUUAAGAUUAACGCACGGUAUACUUUGAAGAUCAUCCAGGUUUACGCACCCACUAGCUCUCAUUCGGACGAGACAGUUGAGUCUUUUUAUGAAGACUUAGAAAAAGGUAUUACAGAUGAUUACUGCUACUACACAAUAGUUAUGGGAGGUAAUCUCAGAUCGUUAGAAGAAAAGAGGGAGAUAUAUCAACAAGACCUAGAAACAGCCUUUGAUGUGGAUACCUCUGCUUGGUCUGUGGAUGAGCUCAAUGAGCAUACAUGCAAAACUUUAAAAAGAACAGCGGAGAAGUUUUUGACCAGCAGUGACACUAGACACAGAGUCUUAUCCGAUGUCACACUAGCACUUAUCGAUGAAAGAAGAUUAAACAUGAGUAAAGAGAACCAAAAUAUCAGGCAGCUCAACAAGAGGGUGAGGAAAUCUAUAAGACUCGAUCUACGGAGAUAUAGCCGAAAUACCAUCAUUGAUACAAUCAAAGAAAAUAGAGGUCCAAAAGUGUUCCAAAGGAAAUUUAAUACUGGUAGCGGCCAAAUAUACAGUUUGCUGAGACCAGAUGGAUCUAAAACAGAAGAUAGGGAUGAAAUCCUGAGAACCGUAGAGAACUUUUAUACAGAUCUCUACAGUACUACUACACCAGAACCGACGACCUACAGAGGAAGAGAUCCCAGGGCAAAACUAGUAAGACGUAGGACUGAAGACCUCCCGGAUAUAAGCCUGUACGAAAUAAGUAACGCACUGAAGCACAUGUAA